GGUGUGAAACGUAGGCUACACAACCUAGCUAACAAACAUUUGAUAUCAACCUAAGCCAAUUUAGCUAUCGAUACCUAACUUAAUUUGACAGGUGAGUUAAACACGAUAUGUCUAAUUUAGGAUGUUCUCGUAAGCAAACUACUCCAGCCAAGUGAAGUAUUUGUAUCUGGCCAUCAUCACGUCAGCUAGACUUCUCACUUACGCAAAAGCAAUUUUGUGGGUAGUGUUUUUUUUACCUGUCCUAACACAUCCCUAACGUGAGUAAGCUUGUGCACGCUCAGACAAGAAACAAGAGGGGGACUGAACUGAACCAAGUCAACUUGCGGUGUAGACUUCUGAUUACCACUCUCAGAGAUAUGGAAGCCAUAAGACCGAGGACAACUAUCUGCAGCAGGAAACUCGGAAAGAGAGUUGAAAGUGAUAUUAGAGAAGACAAGAUGGCAGAGAAUAAGGCGGCUGGCAAUCUUAGUGGCAAUUUAGGAGCUGGAGCUGGCAUAUUUGCCAAACGCGUUCAGAGAACAUUCAGCAGAGCGCAGGAGAAGGUUAUGCAGAAGUUGGGGAAGAGUAUAGAGACCAGAGACGAACAGUUUGAACAUUGCUCUCUGAAUCUUACCAAACAGCAGACCGACGGAGCAAGGCUUUUCAAAGAUGUCAAGGCCUACUACAGCGCUGUCAAAGUAAUGCAUGAGACAUCUAAAAAGCUCUCCCAGACACUCCAGAGUAUCUAUGAGUCUGACUGGGAUGGACAGGAUGAUAUACCUGCCAUUAUGGAGAGUGAGGAUCUGCUGUGGAAUGACUAUGAGGAGAAGCUGAACGACCAGAUCAUGCGCACCAUGGAGAACUACAGCAGUCAGUUCCCUGAUGUCAGAGAGCGUGUAGCCAAGCGAGGCAGGAAGCUGGUGGACUACGAUUCAGCCCGUCACAAUCUGGAGACGCUACAGAGUGCCAAGAAGAGAGAUGAAGCAAAGAUAGGCAAGGCAGAGGAAGACUUUAAUUCCGCACAGACCAUCUUUGAGGACAUAAACAAGGAGUUGAGGGAAGAGCUACCGCAGCUUCAUCAAAGCCGAAUUGGAUGCUAUGUGACCGUCUUUCAGAACCUCUCCAACCUCAGGGAUGUGUUCUAUAAGGAGAUGAGUGCACUGAAUCAUGACCUCUACAAUGUGAUGAAGAAACUGGACACUCAGCACUCAGGCAGUACCUUCAUUAUUAAGGGACUCAACAGCACCAAGUCUAAGAAGAGGAAAUCCGUGGUAAUUUCUGGUCCCAUCCCCUGCAACACGGCCUUCCCCUCCAGCUCUGCCCCAUCCGACCCGCACAAGUUGAGCUCUUCGCAUGAACCUAAUGUCACCAUGGAUGUGGCUUCUGUGGACACGGUGGGCCACAGGGACAGCGCCUCAGAUUUGGAGUCCGUUAGCUUGACCGACAGCGACACACCGUCAACCCACAGACUGUCCAUGUCAUCGGAGGGUGAGGUUGCCAGGAUGCUGACGUCAGCCAAUGAGAACGGACACCAGACCACGGAGGCCCAAUCGGAAGCUGGCUCAAGCAUGAAGCAAUGGUCAAUGGAUGUGUCUGACACGCAGGCAGAUCGGGAAGAAAGCGAAGCGCCAAAGUCCCCAGGAACAGAGAAGCCCAAGCGACCACCUCUCCCUACGCCACGCCUCUCCUUGACCCCCUCUGAGAGCACAGCCCCACCGGAGACUCCUGCAGCCAACAGUGGGAACAACAACAACAAGGAGGAGGGAGAGGGAGGGGAGCAGCAGCAGCAGCAGCAGCGGCGGCCAGACAUGGAUGUAACAGAGCCUACAGCAGCAGCAGAAACGGCAGUAGCCACUGAAGACAGUGGAACAAAGGAGAGGAUGGGUGAAACAGCUGUGGUCUCAACUCCACUCUCAGCCAGGGACUCAGACGACACAAACCCCCCUGGCUUUCUCUAUAGGGCCAGAGCCCUAGAGACUCAGGAGUCUGAAGAUGACCUGCUGCUGCUGUUUGGAAAAGAUGACAUGAUCCUUGUGUUUUCCGACUCCGAGGAAAAGCCGGAGGGCUCGGUGUGGGGCGUGAGGGAACAGGACUGGAUCAAGCACCGGGAUCUGGUGCUGCUCUCAGGGACCGUCAUGGAGAACCUGAUCCAGCGCCUCGAUGCUAACUGAAAGCUGACUCCCCCUCCAUACUCACCUCCUUACCCCAACAUGCUGUCACCCAUGUGCUCUCUGACUCAGUGGGAACCCGGCCCCACCCUAACAACCAGAGGCCCCCGGAUGACACCAGAGUUGCAAGCAGUCACAAGACGGAGCUAUGGUCAGAAUCUGCUCUUUCUCUGCGUCACACAAAUAAAACACUUUGCCUAGAAUUCACUGCCGUUUCCACUCGCCAACCCCACCUCUGCCUAGAAAUUUGUACAAUGUUGUGCCUUGUUUUUAUCAUUUUAUGUCCAUAACCAGAAGUUGUCACUCCUGGUGCAAAAAAGAAGACCCGUGUCAGUGUUUUGCAAAUAACUUGUUAGCAACGAAACAAUGAGUCAGUUCAUGGCAGGCUCUACAUUCUCCACAAGAUCAUGUCCGUCCCAGCUUAUGACUGUGCUCUCCAGAUAAUGGUUUCAUCACAGCUCUUGCUCAGUGAAGAUAAUCUGCUACGAAAUGAGGUGAAAUUGACAAUUGCUUCCAUUUUUAAAGUGGGUUGCUUUUUUUAAACUGUGAAUAUUAUAACAUUUAUGUGUGUGUGUGUUUUGUGCGAAUGUGAUGUACAAAAUAUAAACCAAUGUAAUUGUAUACUUCUGUUCUGUUAAUGUUCUGUUGUAAUGUUUUCUCUACAA